CCUGCUGCUUUUAUACCCCCCUACCGUCUUUGGCUAUAGCACUGACAGUGUUUAUACAAUUAACAUAGCAAAGAGAAGCUAAAAGACAAACUUCUAAAGAAGGAGGGACAUCAGCAUCAUAUCUACCAGAGUAACUGAAGAGGAGCAGCUCAGCGCAUUUAGUCAUGGCACUGUGUGGAGUCAAGGGACCACGUUUCUUGGGGCCCAAUGUGUACCCAGAGGCCCCUGAUGGAGGCUGGGGAUGGCUGGUGGCAGUGGCUUUCUUCUUGGUGGAGGUUUUCACCUAUGGCACCAUCAAGAGCUUUGGCAUUUUCCUCCAGGACCUGAUGGAGGAGUUUGGAGAGACCAACACUAGAAUCUCCUGGAUUGUUUCCAUCUGUGUGUUUGUCAUGACUAUCAAUGGGCCUCUCUCCUCUGUGCUGACUAGCCGCUUUGGGUUUCAACUUGUCGUUAUGACUGGAGGAUUGCUUAUUUCUUUGGGUACCAUUGCCACCAGCUUCACUUGCUCCAUCAAUCAAAUGUACAUCACCUAUGGAUUACUUGCAGGUCUGGGCUACUGUCUGACCUUCCUGCCUACAUUGACCAUCCUGUCCCAGUACUUCACCCGUCGACGGGCUCUAGUCACAGCUGUGGCUUCCACUGGAGAGUCUCUGUCCAUGUUUGCCCUGGCACCAGCCUUUUCUGCACUAAGAGACCAUAUCGGCUGGCGACACACAAUGGCAGUGAUAGGAACUUUGCAAAGCACUGUCAUCAUCUGUGGUGCUCUGCUUCGGCCAAUCGUGAUCAAACCAAGAGGGACCCAUAAGGCGGAGAAUGGCAGAUCAUCUUAUAAGGAAGGGGAAGCCCUCACUACACAGGAGAAUAUAGAAGGAAGAACAGAGGACCUUAUCACAAAUGAGAAGUGGCAUGCACAAAAUACCUCCUGCAGUCUGGACAAUGAGCUGACCAGAGGCUGUGUGAGUAAUGGAGACCCGAAGAACGCAGAUAACAACAGCGUUAAUGAGAAGACUUUACUGCACAAAGUAGCAUGGUCAGAAAUAGAACUGAAAAGUAUGGAAAACAAUGCAGCAGAAAUCAUGGAACCUGAAAUUGGGGAAGAGAAAAAGGACAAUGAGAAACCGGGGACACAAGCUGAAGAAAAUGAAGCAACUGAUGAAAAGCUAUCUGCAAAUAAUUCAAAACUACUAGAUUUCUCCAUCCUCAGGGAGCGCAGUUUUAUCUUCUACUCUCUGUUUGGACUGUUCGCCACACUCGGCUUCUUCGCCCCACAGCUCUACAUCAUUGAGCUGAGUGUGAGUCGAGGUGUGGAGCGCGACCAGGCCACCUCCAUGCUCUCCAUCAUGGCUGUGGCUGAAAUCUUGGGUCGAUUCUCCAUUGGGUGGAUCCUGACACGGAAGCAGCUCAGGAAGAAGAAGCUUCUUGUGCUUCUGGCAUGUGUACUUACAAUGACUGUGGAUCUGGUGGGAUUUACUUUGGUCACAGAGUUCUAUGGCUUGGCCACGUGCUGCGUUUUGUAUGGCUUCUUUAUGGGAACCCUAGCGUGCACCCACAUCCCCAUGCUGGCUGAAGAUGACGUGGUGGGCAUAGAGAGGAUGUCUUCAGCUGCUGGUGUCUAUGUGUUCAUACAUAGCUUUGCUGGGCUGGCUGGGCCCCCACUUGGAGGUGCACUGGUGGAUGUGACUCAGAACUACGGAUCAGCCUUCUACUCCUGUGCCGUCGGCAUGGCACUGGGUGCUCUGUUCCUAGGUUUGGUAAAGCCUGCUAAACGAGGAUUACUCUGUAGGAAGACGAACUCAAACCACCUUGAAGACAUGCAUGAAAGGAAAGAGGACCCCGAGGAACAGAGUACAGCGCAUAACCCUCACCAAAGAACUGACAGUGCAGAGGAAUAAUUCAAAGUCAGUGACAACUUAGACCACAACCAGAUGCAAGUCACUAGAAACACCCAGGACAUUAUGCAUUUUGCUUGAGCUGUGCAUUGGAUAAGGGUAAUUAAAUGUUCAGGCCUCACAAGGGUAAAGGUUUGGCUAAAGACUGUUGUCAAUUUAGUGCUGAAGUGGCAGUAAACUGGAGAAAGACCACCAUUUAGUGGUUGCAGUCUUUCAUUAUUCAGCAAUCUUGAGAUCUUAUAGGUCUCAUACUCUACUUACACAUACACUCACCGUCCACUUUA